AUGAAGGGAUUUGCAGUGAUUUUGUUGGUGGUUGUAGCCAUGGUUCAAUUGUUCAUGGCUGAACCAGGAGCAGCCAUUUCUUGUGGCCAAGUUGAAUCUCAAAUUUCUCAAUGUUUGACAUAUCUGAGUCAAGGAGGAACUCCAUCUGCAACAUGCUGCAGCGGCGUUCAGACUCUAAGUCAGUCUCUUCAUACUACAGAAGACAGGCAGGCCGCGUGUGGCUGUUUAAAGACGGCCGCCUCUCGAUACACUGACCUUAAGCCGGAUGCUGCCUCCCAGCUCCCGGCUAAAUGUGGAGUUUCAAUUGGAGUCCCAAUCUCUCCUACAGUCGACUGUAGCAAGAUUCAGUGA